CUAGUGAGGGCGGCAAGUGAGAAUUACUCAGCGGUGUGGCAUAGUGCGCAUUGUACAAAACAGUUUUUGGUAUAAAGCGUUUAAUAGCUCCCUCCUGUUUUCUGACUCCUCGUUAGACCAAUCUAUACAUUACUCCAAAAUGGCUAGAAGACCUGCUCGUUGUUACAGAUACUGUAAGAACAAACCUUUCCCAAAGUCCAGAUACAACAGAGGUGUCCCAGACUCCAAGAUCAGAAUUUAUGAUUUAGGUAGAAAGAAGGCGUCUGUCGACGAUUUCCCAUUGUGUAUCCACUUGGUCUCCAACGAGUUGGAACAGUUGUCCUCUGAAGCUUUGGAAGCUGCCCGUAUUUGUGCCAACAAGUACAUGACCAAGGUUUCUGGUCGUGACGCUUUCCACUUGAGAGUCAGAGUCCACCCGUUCCACGUCUUGAGAAUCAACAAGAUGUUGUCUUGUGCCGGUGCCGAUAGAUUGCAACAGGGUAUGAGAGGUGCUUGGGGUAAGCCACACGGUUUGGCCGCUCGUGUCAACAUUGGUCAAAUCAUCAUGUCUGUCAGAACCAAGGAUUCCAACAAGGCUGUCUGUAUUGAAGGUCUUAGAAGAGCCAGAUACAAGUUCCCAGGUCAGCAGAGAAUCAUUCUUUCCAAGAAGUGGGGUUUCACCAACUUGGACAGAGAUGACUACGUUGUCAAGAGAAACGCUGGUGAAGUCAAGGAUGACGGUGCUUUCGUUAAGUUCUUGUCUAAGAAGGGUAACUUGGAAUACAACAUGAAGGAGUUCCCAACUUUCUUCUUGCAAGACCAGGAAGCUUAAACUUCUUAAAGAUUUUUAACUAUAUAGUAUAUACC